UGGAAACCCGCCAGGACUCAACCAGAUCUAACUUACCAACCCCCUACAAGAUUCUGCAAUGCCCCCUCGGAAACGUACACAAUUUACUCAGGAGAGUAUCGACCAGCAGCUUCAGCAAAUACAUCUCCUAGAUCAGUCCUCUUCUUCAGAAAACCUCGAGCAGUUGGGUCCCAUCAUCAAGCAAAUUCAUGCCAACAAACAACAGGAAGCCUAUCUCCGAACAAUUCAGGACCUCAUGCAGUCCAAAGAUGCGGAAAUUGAGAAAAUAUGUGGCGAGAAUUAUCAAGAAUUCAUUGCUUCGGUCUCAACUCUUUUUACGGUCAAGUCUUAUACGGAGAGAAUGAAGGAAAAUAUUGCUACCUUGGAUUCCAGCGUGUCGCAGUUAGGUAGAGGUCUCGUUGAAAAGAAACGCAACCUUUUGCAGUCCAGGAAGACCGCUUCCAAUCUCGAUGAAGCUAUCGAUACACUACAGGCUUGUCUGCGUGUCCUGGACGUGGUUCAUCGGGUGGGAGAGAUGAUCCAAGAGGGAAAAUACUGGAGUGCUCUUAGGUCCCUAGAUGAUGUUCAAAACCUUCCCCAGACAUCCUUGUCGCAAACACCUUUUUAUCAACACUUACUUUCCUCCUUGCCCUCUUUGCGUACUCAAGUUAAAAAUGCAGUGACGGCGUCGAUGAAGCAGUGGUUGCUUGAGAUACGGAAUAAUAGUGGCGAAGUGGGGAAGCUCGCUCUGGAAGCGAUGGAAAUUCGAACCCGUCGCUGGAGGACGCGAAGAGAAAAGGAUCCGUUACUACGCAUGAGCCGAGUUGGAAGUGCUGUAGAGCUUGUCACUUAUGAAAGGACGGAGUUCAACAUUUUCGACAACGAGCAGCUCAAGGUCGAUUUCAAGCCGCUGUACCAGUGCAUUCACAUAUACACCGCACUAGAAUCCCUUGGAGAGCUACAGAAAUCGUACCAAGCUGACAGAAAGGCUCAAUCCGACCUCAUUCUCCCUGCACCCCUUCCGCUAGGGUCUCUCCCGUCAAUAACAGAGCAGAUCUCCGGUUUCUUCAUUGUUGAAACUCAUGUGCUCGAAACAACCGGCACGUUUAGGUCUGAACGUGAGGUCGAAGAGUUAUGGGAGGGGGUUGUUGCUCGGCUCACUAGCUCUAUCGGGAGUGCACUCGCAAAUGAGACCGCCCCGGACUCCUUCUUGCGAGUGAAGGAGUGCCUUAUUGGUUUCAUAAUGUCACUGGAGUCCCCUCUCUAUUCCACAACUACCCUUCAUUCUUUCAUAAUCGUACUCUUCGAAAAGUACACUCAACUGCUUGAGUCACAGUUCAGUCGUCGAUUCGAUGGCAUCAUACAGCAGGAUGAUUACUUGCCGAUGCUAGUACAAUCCGAACAGGAGAUCAACACCGUUCUGGACGUUGUGUUCCUUAGUCGAAAUAAAAAACAAGAGCUACAGCAAGCUGCGUUACCCCAAAACUUACCGUGGUCUCAAACAUUCUAUCUGUGUUGUGAGGAUGUUCGGGGGUUCAUACAGAAAUUUUAUGCCUUCGUCGAGGGAGUUUCUCAACACCAUCGUAAUAUUGAUGAGCUAUUGAGCAAGUCUCUAGACCGCCUUCUGAUCAAUCACAUCAGCGGAGCCAUCAACCAGCGUCUAGGCGCAAUCCCCAAUCUAUCUCAAAUUGCACAACUCGUGACGAACGUUGAAUACUUCCAGACAACCUGCACUGAGCUCGAGCGGUCGCUGACGAACCUCCGAACGGCGCAGAGAGGCGGAACUAUUCGACUCAAUGCAUGUUCGUCUUUUGAAACCAUUCUCAGUCGAGCUCUCUCCCGGAUAAAUUCUUUGAUUCAGUCGAAGCUGAACGAUUUCUUUGAGCCUUCAGAAUACGACUGGACACCGUCCAGCCGUGACCAUGCGCCCAGCAUGUAUCUUAUCGAGCUCGUCAACUGGCUCACGACUGUGGUGGAUAGUCUGGACGUCAAGGAAACUUACAAGGACGAAAUUUAUAAAGGCUCUGUAUCUUAUAUCGCAGAGUGUUUGAUGGAUUUCCUCGUCGGGAAAAAUAUACCUAUGCUGAACGAAAAUGCGAUAUCCAACGUAUUGGUGGACGUCGAUUUCAUUGAGGAUCAACUUCGUACCGUCGGAAUGUCGCAUUUAUCGACGGUGUUCAUUGAGCUUCGUAUGACUACUUCCAUCGUGUUGAACAAUACAGUUCAAGAGUAUUUAGUACCCGCAAACCGUCACACGUCAUACGUUACAGUCAAAUACAAAUGGCUUGCAGCACUCCUCGACAAGCUGGCCAAAUACGGAACAUCUCGCCGGGACGCUUCCAGUCGAGAGCUGGGAGAACGAAGACGGAAAGAGGCCGAUGCCGUUGGCAGCCUCAGAUUCUUGCCUGGAGAGGGCCGCUGA